UUACUUCCUUCUAAGCAUAAUCCGACUUCUCUCGGGCAGUUUCACACUAGAGAGGCUCGAUGGAGAGACUACGAGACUGUUAAACUUCUGGCUAAAGAUUAUGAUUGAACAGGGCAUUUCAAAUUUCAAGAUGGAUUACAAAUAUAAUAAUGGAUUAGAACUGCUGUUGGCUCACAUGAAUAUAGAGGACAUUAUCAACACUGCAGAGACUCUGUAUCAGCUUGAGGAAGAGGAGGAGGAAGGAGGGGUCUUGUCAUUCGAAGAGGAAGGUCUCUCCCAGGAGGACAUGGAUGAGACUGAAGAGGCAGGGGAGUCGCUGGGCUUGAGGAGGGAGCAGAAAGACUGUGCUGAUGAGGUUGGUGGUGUUCGGUAUGGGACAGUGACAGACCUCCUAUCUUUUGUCAACCUGCUGUCCAACAUGCAGGCAGCAGCCCUGCAGCACCUGCCUCAGGAGGUGGGAGUCAUGUUGAACAAGAAGGACAUGGCUAUAAAAAAUGGCCGGUACCAGAUCAACUUGGAUGUGGUCCUGUUUCCAUGGAAACUGACCUACAAGAAUCAUGGCUCUAUCCUUGUACCCAAGGGCUCAUUUGGGAAAGUCCACUUAGCUCAGGACACCACCACCAGGAAGAGGAUGGCUUGCAAACUGAUCCUCAUGGAGAACUUCAAAGCAGCUGAUGUAGAGUUUCAGGCCCGGUUCCGACAUGAGAACAUAGCUGAGCUCUACGGCGCUCUGCUCUCAGACCAGAACGUCCACCUGUUCAUGGAGGCCGGCGAGGGCGGCUCAGUCCUGGAGAAGCUGGACAGCUGCGGGCCCAUGAGGGAAUUUGAGAUCAUCUGGGUGACUAAGCAAGUCCUUCGAGGCCUGGAGUACCUUCACUCUCAUAACGUCAUCCAUCACGACAUCAAACCCAGUAACAUUGUCCUGAUGUCUGACAAGGCAGUGCUAGUGGACUUUGGCCUGGCAGUGCAGAUGACAGAGGAUAUUUACAUUCCCAGAGACCUGAGAGGUACAGAGAUGUAUAUGAGUCCAGAGCUUGUCCUGUGUCGAGGACAUAACACCAAAACAGACAUCUACAGCCUGGGCACCACCAUCAUUCACAUGCAGACUGGUAGCCCUCCCUGGGUCCGCAGAUACCCACGUACUGCCUACCCAUCCUACCUCUACAUUAUCCACAAACAGGCACCCCCUCUGGAAGACAUAGCAGAGGACUGCAGCUUGGCCAUGCACACCUUUCUGAAGCAGGCCCUGGAGAGAAACCCCACUCUGCGGAGCUCAGCAUCCAAGCUGCUGAAGGAUGAGGCCAUCAAUCCCCCCAGGGAGGAUCAGCCACGCUGCUGGAGCCUGGACUCAGCACUGGAGGAGGCUACCCACACCAUGCUACGGCAACAGAGUCAGCACCAGGACAUCACACAUGAAUCUUCUCUGUACUCUGAUAGUUCUGGCCACAUGAGAAGAAAGGGCUCCUUGUACAUUGACCUCGGGGCAUUGCCAGGCUACUGUAAACUGGUGGCAGGGCCCCCUGCCUCAGAAUAUGGCUAACACCAAACCACAGCUCAUCAUUUCAGUGAAUGAACAAGCCAACUAAUCAUUUAGUUUUAACCUUCUUUGAUAGGCUGGCUCACUCAUCACUGUUAAAUAGUUCAGACAGGAGGACAGCUGCAGGCGACAUUGCUACUGUAACUGAUGAACUCAAAGUGUUUACAAGAAUCAGGAUCACUUGAAAGAAGUGCAGCUAGCUCAGUCUGAAACACUGCAGGACAGUGUCUGGAUGGUAUUAACUAUUGAUAAUAUUUCUUGGACAUCCUUGUGUGAUGUUUCUACAUGAUUUUUCAGUGUGGUAGUUAACACAGUAAUAAAUUGAAAGACACUCUGAUGAUCUUUAAAAGUCUUAUUAUUUUAUCACUAAAAAUGUAAGCUAUCUGUUAAAGUAUGUGUGCACAGUGCAGAUAUGUAGACGUGUAGUUCUUUAUGAACCUCCUCUUGUUUAUUCCUGUGGAAUAUUUAUAGCAUCAUCAUGCUAUGCAAAAAAUGCUUCCCCUUGUGAAAUUCAUGUGAAAUCUUAUUUGUGUUCUGUACAUCCUGUGAGAUGAGGCUUGCAGCGCUUUUUACUUAAAACUGUUGUGUUACUUCUGUUUGUUUUUAUUUUUUCAAUAUUGAGCAUAGACACUGCAAGUGUGAAAAUGUGUCAGUGUACAAUAAAAGAGCAACAAAAUGAAAAUACUAUAUUGUGUGUGAUAUGCUACUACUAUGUGUAAUAGGUUAGUUAUUUAAACAGUUCAUUGUUGAUUGAUAUAAAAUUAAACCAUUCCAAAUGUCAGUAUCUUUUAACAUUUACUUAUGACCUGCCAUUAGACUGUUAGACAUCUGUAUAAAUAAUUUAUUU